AUGGGAUGGCAUCGCAAGAAGCUGAACGUGUCGUGCCAACCAUGGCCGUACUUAUUCCCGUGGCGCGCGUUGGAACCCGGGGAAACAUUCUCAACCGACGAGUUCUUAGCCACCGCCGCAUCUGGCGGCGCAAACCUCGAUCCAUUGCUUGCUAAUAAGCAGUUAUGUGCGCCAGCGGCGGGUGCGACACUGGCGGAAGCGGUCGCGACAGCAGGAGGAGCGGCGGCGUCGCCUGCUGACGUGUCAAUAGCGAAUGGGGUCAGUGGAGUCACGGACAAUCUACUGGCAGCUGACGGGUCCCGAUUUUUUCAGUUGACUUCCGCUUUUUCCGCGUCGUCUAGUGGCGGCGGUGCUUCUGGUGGUGGUAGCAAUGGAACUAGUACCAAUAGUAGCAGUAGCGCGUUUGGCGGCCCAGGCGUGGCGCAAGCGCUGUGCGAGCUCAAACCCGCUGCGCCGACCAGCAACGUCACGUCGCAGCAGCAGCAGCAGCAGCAGCAGCAGUCCCCGCGCCAGCUGUCGCUCUCGUUCUUUGCGUGCGCCAGCCUGUGCGCGGAGGGGGAAGGGGGUGCGGAAGGGGGGGCGGAGCGGCUGUUGAAGGUGCUGCUGCUGGCAGUUCCGCUGAACGCUUCCGCCGCCGCCGCAGCAGGGGGGGAAGCAGCAGCAGGGGGCGGGGCAGGCGGAGAAGCAGCAGCUGGGGGCGGGGGGGGGGAAGGAGGAGCGGGGGAGCAGGUGAAGCAUGCGCUGCACUCGUCCAAGUUCUACCGCCCACAGAUGUGCACGAUCGAUCCCUCAUUUCACGUACGCUCCCACUCCUUCCCCCCUUCACCUCCCCCCAUCCUGCUCCACUCCCCACCCCAUCCCCCCCACUGCCCUGCAUUCGACCCCUCCCCUCUCAAGUCCUUCUCCCACUGGCCGCUCUCCAACGCCCACCCGCUCCUCACAGCCGGCUCAGCUCGCCGCAACCUAACCUCCCUCACCCUCACUUCGCUCUCCGACCUGAAUUCUGCCUCCCUCGUGCUGCACCCCGCCCCCUUCGCCCUGCUCGCCCCCGCCACGCCCGCCUCCCCCUGCCGCCCCUUCUCCUUCUCCACCUCCUUUACCUUUCGCAUCUCCUCCCCCAACGCCGCCGGGCUGGGCGGCGAGGGCUUGGCGUUUGUGAUGCUGCCGUCUCCCACUCUCGGCCUGCCGGGGCCCUCCCUGGGCUACGGCCGCCUGCUGCUGCCACCGGGGAGCACGACUGGCGCUGAUAAUUCCAGUUCCAACAGUGGCGUGUUGUCUCAGCAGCACAGGAGCCUGGCAGUGGAGUUUGACACAUCGGCCUCCCCCGAGUUCUUCGACCGCCCCGACCACCACGUGGGGGUGAACCUGCACGGCAGCAUGCUCUCUCUCGCCUCUGCCCCCUUGCACCCCGUCGGCAUUCCCUCCCUCAACGCCGGUCAAACCCUCCUCGCCACCAUCCAGUACAACGCCUCCUCCUCCCUCCUCACCGUCUGGCUCGCCCCCGCUCCCCUCUCCUCUCGCUCCUCCUCCGCCUCCUCCGCCUCCCCCCCUCUCCCCCGCUCUGCUGUGCUCUCCAUGAUCCUCGACACGUGCAAGUGGCUGGGGGGGAACGACCCGGAGGUAGCAGCGCCCCCCCCGCCGCUGUUUGUGGGAUUCACAGCGGCCACGGGCAAGGGGGCGGAGCAGGCUCAGGCUCACGAGGUGCUGGGGUGGAAUUUUGAAGUCGCGGAGGCGGAGGAUCAGCUUCCGUUUUGGGCGGCAGACUCGUUCUCCUUCCCCUACAUCACGCCAGCCACUCCCCUGCUGACGCGUGGCAGCACCAGGAAGCGUUUCUUUGCCGCAGAUCUCUCCGUCGCUGCUGACGUGGCAUCAUCCAGCGGCCAAUCAGACGAUCCCGCCCCUGGAGCCCUCUUCUUCCCUCGCCCGGAAGCAGCAGUGAUAGCGGCAGUGGCAGCAGCGGCAGUGGCAGCAGCAGCAGCAGCAGCAGCAGCAGCAGCAGCAGCAGCAGCAGCAGCAGCAGCAGCAGCAGCAGCAGCAGCAGCAGCAGCAGCAGCAGCAGCAGCAGCAGCAGCAGCAGCAGCAGCAGCAGCAGCAGCAGCAGCAGCAGCAGCAGCAGCAGCAGCAGCAGCAGCAGCAGCAGCAGCAGCAGCAGCAGCAGCAGCAGCAGCAGCAGCAGCAGCAGCAGCAGCAGCAGCAGCAGCAGCAGCAGCAGCAGCAGCAGCAGCAGCAGCAGCAGCAGCAGCAGCAGCAGCAGCAGCAGCAGCAGCAGCAGCAGCAGCAGCAGCAGCAGCAGCAGCAGCAGCAGCAGCAGCAGCAGCAGCAGCAGCAGCAGCAGCAGCAGCAGCAGCAGCAGCAGCAGCAGCAGUAGCAGCACAACCACCACCACAAGUGGCAGCAGCAGUGCAACGGACCUAUCGGCGCCAUCCUUUGGGCAGCUGGUCGUUGGGUUCACCAGCGCUGCUCUCCCUCCCCCCCCUGGCCGCCUGCCCUCCCCCGUCGCCCUCUCCUCCUGGACCUUCCGAUUCACAGGUAGGGGGGGGAGGGGAAGGGGGUGAGAUGGGGAGUAGGAAAGAGAGAAGGGCUACUGAGCCACGUGCCCUGCCUUCCCCCGUCGCCCUCUCCUCCUGGACCUUCCGCUUCACAGUGUUCCCCUGUGCCAUGCCUGCAUGCUUCACGGCACCUGCUGUCUCAUACCUAGACUUCUCUCUCCUCCUAACUCAUACCUCCACACACUCCCCGUUCACAUCCUCCCUCCCACCUCCCCCAACAGAUACCGACCCCUGCAAGGCCCCUCCCGUACUGCCCUGUGGCAUGGGUGCAUGCACCAAGGCACCUGCCCCAUUGGACCCCUCUGUUCUCGUGCUUCCUGUCCUAACUCGCUCUCCUUGCUCUCCUUCUGCCUCCUUCUCAUCACCUUAUUCGACAGACACCGAUCCCUGCAAGGGUUCUCCAGUGCUCCCCUGUGGCAUGGGUGCAUGCACCAAGGCACGUGCCCCGUGGGACCCGUCUGUGCUUGUGACUCAUACCGUUGCUCUCAUACAUUCCUUUUUCUCGUUUUCUCUCCCCCGCAACCGACACCGACUCCUGCAAGGCCUCUCCCGUGCUGCCCUGUGGCACGGGGCCUCUCCCGUGCUCCCCUGUGGCACGGGCGUGUGCGCCAAGGCACGUGCCCCAUGGGACCCGUCUCUCCCUGUGCCUCAUACCCCCUCUCUCCUCACUCUGCCUCACACUCUUCUUCCCUCCCCCCCAACAGACACCGACCCCUGCAAGGGUUCUCCGGUGCUCCCCUGUGGCACGGGCGUGUGCACCAAGGCACGUGCCCCAUGGGACCCGGCUAUCCUCGUGCCUCCUACCUUCGCUCUCCUCACUCUCCGUCCGCCUCAUACUCUUCCUCAUCCCCCAACAGACACCGACCCCUGCAAGGCCUCGCCAUCAUCUCCGGUGCUGCCCUGUGGCACAGGCGUGUGCACCAAGGCGCGUGCCCCAUGGGACCCGUCUCUCCUCGUGCCCUCCUGCAAGUGCCCCUUGAAGCUCCCUUCCUUUCAACCCUCCCACCUCUCCGGCCUGCCCUCCUGCUUUCCUGACUCCACGUGUCGCCAGUUCCCCCGCAACCCAUGUGCCCCGGGGGUGUGCAUGGAUGACAUAGACGGCACCUACUCCUGCCUCUGCCCUUCGCCCUACUUCCCCUUGUAUUUCUACCCCAAAGGCACUGCCCGCUGCUCCCAGUUGCGGUUGGCUGAGACGCGAAUGCCCACCUUCCUGUCGCCCUACGGCCUCACAUGCCCUCUCAUCCUCAACACCUACGGGCUCACAGAGGCUGAAUUCUUCCGCCAAAACAAGGGUGGUACGUGUGACUCCAUCAACCCCCUAUUUUCCACUCAAUUCCAUCCGCUCAACUCGAUUCUCUCAAAAACCACGCUUUUGCCUCCUAUACCCGACAUCUGUGCGUGCCGGCAGGGUGACACGUUUGACUCAUUCAACACCCUCUUCUCCACUCUCCUCUCGCGGUUUUUUAACCCCCCAUUCUCUUUGUCUCCCCUCCUCCCCAUGUGCCGGCAGGGUGACACGUGUGACUCACUCAACGCCCUCUUCUCCACGCAGAUACAGCUGCUCAACCCCGCCCUCACCUGCUCCGACAGGCCCAGGCCCGGCCAGCUACUCUGUGUGGACUUCAACCAGACGUGGCUAGAGGAGGGAAAAACCCGCAUAUCAUGCAAAAUCCAAGCCCAGAUCACCCCAGCCACAGCCCCACGAAGCCCUCAACCAUCCUCUCCACUAGUUGACUACAUGAGCAAGGCCGUGCUGGAGAAUGGCCGCACGGAUUUUGACUACCUUCACUUUGCAUGGCGAGAGAGCGAGUGCGCCCACCCAUUCACUCGCUUCCGCGCGGAUCGCUUCUUCGAGGCCUUCCAGAACCGUCGGAUCGUGUUCGUGGGCGACUCUACAUUGUUGUCGUCGCUGCUCUGCCUGCUCUCUGUGGGUCCCUCCCUCCCACCCGAUCACAAUGUUCCAGUCGCUGCUCUGCCUGCUCUCUGUGGGUCCCUCCCUCCCACCCGAUCACAGUCUGGUGCGCUAAGGUCAGGUUCGAAGGGGUUGGGAGCAGUGAGAGUGGUGCGGUUGGAUGCAUGGGCAGCAUAUGUGGUGGCAGCACAGCCGCAUGUGCUGGUGAUUCACACGGGAGGGGCGUGGGUGGGGCUGCAGCGGCGGUGGCAGGAGCAUAGGGCGCGUUUACAUGCUUCUCAGGAGGGGAAGAAGGGGCAUGAGAGGCAGGAGGAGGGGCAGAAGGGGCAGGAGAGGCAGAAGGGGCAGGAGGGGCAGGAGGGGCAGAGUGCAGUGAAUAAAUCAAGGGUUUCUGCUGCUGUGGCUGGUCAAGGAGUUGAGGGAGGGGUGAAGGGAGGGAUGCGUGCGGGGAAAGUGGAAGCAGGAGGCAAGGUGGAGGCUGGUGGGGGAAAGGGGGACAUUGGUGGGGGAAAGGGGAAGGCUGGUGGGGGAAACGGAGAGGCUGGUGGGGGAACUGGGGGGAAUGGUGGGGGGAAUAAGGGGAAGGGUGAAAACACGAAGGGGAAGGGUGGGUUGGAUAAGGGGAAGGGUGGGGGAAAUAAAGGGAAUGGUGGGGAGAAAAUGGGGACUGUUGGGGAGAAUAAGGGGAAUGGUGGGGAGAAGGGGAAUGGUGGGGAGAAAAAGGGGAAUGGUGGGGAGAAGAAGGGGAAUGGUGGAGGGAAGAAGGGAAACAGUGGGGGAAAUGGAGUCAAUGGUCGGAACAACAAAGGCAGCAGUGGUGGCGAUCAGGGAAAUGUGGGGAAGAAUCAGGGCAAGGGUGGGGGGAGCAAAGAAGUCAGUCAGGGAAACAAAGGGAAUGGUGGGGGGAAGAAGGGGAACAGUGAGGGGAAUAGCAAAAUCAGUGCGGGAAACAUAGGAAAUGCUGGGAUGCCAUUGGGAGGCAAUAGUAAAGGUGGGCAGCAAGGGGGAGGGACAGGAAGGCAUGCAGGCAGUGAGACGAAGAAAGAAAGGGGAAAAGGAGAGAGCAGUGUCGAUAAGACGAAGGAGCAACGAAAAGCUGUAGCAGCGGUGCCAAAGACGGGUGCACGAGGUGGAGAAGGGGUGAAGGGCGAACGAUUGAGGAAGGAUGCAGGACAGAAAGGAAUCAAGGAAGUAUCGAGAGUGACAACAGCAGCAGCAGCAGAAGCAGCAGCAGCAGCAGCAGCAGCAGUACCAGUGGCAGCAGCGUUUCAAAUGACAGCAACAACACCACCAGAAACGGUUUCACUACCAGCAGUUUUGGUAACAGCAGUGUCCAGAGCACCAGCACAUGGAGCCAUGCAUCAAAUGGCUGUUGAUAGAAAGAGCCUCUAUAAGGGAGAUGGUGAAGGCCGCUCUUUCCGCUCUCAGGCGCCCCUGCUUCUGACACGCGUUGACUCCCAUGUGGAGGCAGACCAGAUGGCGAUGCUUGAUGGCACGGACGGUUCAGAUGAGGCAGAGGGGACCCUUCGUAGCACGAACGGUUCAGAUGAAGUGCAUGGGGGUUUAGGGAAGCCAGUGGGUGGAUUGAUAGUGGAGGGGGGUGAUGUGAGAAUAGAGGGGGCGGAGCAGCAGCAGCAGGGUGGUAGUUCUAUGUCGGAUGCACCUAGCAUGGUCCAAGAAGAGGUGCCUGUAGAAGACUCUUCAUUCAGUCAAGGCAGCUCCCUUGAUGGGGAUAGAGUGGUGGAAAAGGAUGAAGUGCGGCAGCAGGGUGGUAGUUCUAUGUCGGAUGCACCUAGCAUGGUCCAAGAGGAGGCGUCUGCAGGCGGGUUUUCUGUUGGUCGAGUUGAUAUUUUUGAGGGGGGAGACGCAGUGGAAGCGGAAGGAGGGGCGCAGCAGGAGCAGAGUUUUGAGGCGACUCGAAAAGCAGUGGAAGCGGAUGAAGUGUCUGGGCGGGAGCACAGUUUUAUCGCUGUCUCACGUGCAGAGAAUGAUGAGGAGGUUCGCGAGGGGGAUGUGAGUAAGGAGACUGUUAAUAAGGAGGAUAAUCUGCCGGGAUCGGUUGAUAGUGUGAUUCCACCUAACCUGCUUGACUCGGUUGACUUUCUUGACCCGGUAUCAGCAUUCACCAAGACCCUCCGCAUGCUGCACCAUUUCCUCUCCUCCCAACCCACCGCCGAAUCCCUCCCAACUUUCUUCCUCGGGCUGCCCCGAGAACAUUAUUUCCGGGCAGGCCAGGACAACCAUUCCUCGCUCUGCCUGCCAGACGACGCCACAUGUAAAGAAAGCGGGCAGGGUAAUGGGAAUCUGAGGCCGAGAGAGUGGUUGGAGGAGGGAGGGGAGGAGCAGGCGCAUCAGCAGCGGUGGCAGCGGUGGCGUUGGCGGCAGCAGAGGGAGCGGAGGGAGAGAGGGAGAGAAUGGGUGCAGUCGAGUGUGGGGCAGAUGGAAAGGGUGAUUGAGAGGGAGAUUGGGAUUGGGAACAGGCUUGUGCUGUUGCGGGCAGGAGGGAUAACUGAUGCUCGUGUUGAUGCUCAUGUGGGCUUUUCGCUCCCUGCUGAAAUGG